AUGGCCAACGUCUUCACCGAGCUCAAGACCCCUACCACGGGCACGUACAAGCAGCCCACCGGACUCUUCAUCAACAACGAGUUCGUCGAGGGUGUCGAGAAGAAGACCUUUGAGGUCAUCAACCCCGCCACCGAGGAGGUCAUCUGCUCCGUCCACGAAGCCACCGAGGCCGACGUCGACAUUGCCGUCAAGGCUGCUCGCGAUGCCUUCGAGGGCCCGUGGCGCCAGGUUACCCCUCAGCAGCGUGGAAACUUGCUGCUUAAGCUUGCCGACCUGAUCGAGAAGAACCUGGAGCUCCUUGCUUCCGUCGAGUCCCUUGACAAUGGCAAGUCCAUCACCAUGGCUCGUGGAGAUGUUGGCGCCGUUGUUGGUUGCAUUCGGUACUAUGGCGGCUGGGCCGACAAGAUUGAGGGCAAGACGAUUGAUAUUGCGCCAGACAUGUUCCACUACACCAGACUCGAGCCGAUUGGCGUCUGCGGCCAGAUCAUCCCAUGGAACUUCCCACUUCUGAUGCUCGGCUGGAAAAUUGGACCUGCUCUGGCUACCGGUAACACUGUUGUUCUCAAGACCGCUGAGCAAACGCCUUUGUCCGGUCUUGUCUUUGCUCAGUUCGUCAAAGAGGCUGGUUUCCCUCCCGGUGUUCUCAACAUCAUCUCUGGCUUCGGGAAGACUGCCGGCGCUGCCAUCUCUUCCCACAUGGACAUCGACAAGGUCGCCUUUACUGGCUCCACUGUUGUUGGCCGCACCAUCAUGAAGGCCGCUGCCUCUUCUAACCUCAAGAAGGUCACCCUCGAGUUGGGCGGCAAGUCUCCCAAUAUCGUCUUCAACGAUGCCGAUAUCGAGCAGACCAUCAGCUGGGUCAACUUUGGUAUCUACUUCAACCACGGCCAGUGCUGCUGCGCCGGAUCUCGUAUCUACGUGCAGUCCGGCAUCUACGACAAGUUCGUCGCCGCUUUCAAGAAGCGCGCUGAGGCGAACAAGGUCGGCGACCCAUUCCACCCCGAGACCUUCCAAGGCCCCCAGGUGUCUCAGCUCCAAUAUGAUCGUAUCAUGGAGUACAUUGAGUCCGGCAAGAGCGAGGGCGCUACAGUCGAGACUGGUGGUGCCCGUCACGGUGACAAGGGCUACUUCAUCCAGCCCACCAUCUUCACCAACGUCAGCCCCAAGAUGAAGAUCAUGCAGGAAGAGAUCUUCGGCCCCGUCUGCGCUAUCGCCAAGUUCGACACCGAGGAGGAGGUCCUCCAGAUGGCCCACGACACCAUUUAUGGUCUUGCCUCUGCUGUCCACACCAAGGAUCUCAACACCGCGAUCCGGGUCGCCAACUCCCUCCGUGCCGGUACCGUCUGGGUCAACUGCUACAACCUGCUUUCGCACCAGCUGCCAUUCGGUGGUUAUGCUCAGAGUGGUAUCGGGCGCGAGUUGGGUGAGGAGGCUUUGGCCAACUACACGCAACACAAGUCUGUCGCCAUCAGAUUGGGCGGUGCGUUGUUUGGUUAA